GCCGGCACUUCCGGUGGCGGCCACUGGAGCGGGGAGGUGUCCAUGGCCGGGUCCUUGAAGUUGGCGUGGGCUUCCUUUCAGCGUCAGAGGUUCCACACCACUGGGAGUUGCUACAAGGGCCGGACCGGCGCUGAACACCUGUGGCUGACGCGGCAUUUGAGGGACCCGUUUGUGAAGGCUGCGAAAGUGGAGAGUUACAGGUGUCGAAGUGCCUUCAAGCUCCUGGAGAUGAACGAGAGGCACCAGAUCCUGCGGCCCGGCCUCCGGGUGCUAGACUGUGGGGCCGCUCCGGGCGCGUGGAGCCAGGUGGCUGUGCAGCGCGUCAACGCUGCAGGCACAGAUCCCAGUGCUCCUGUUGGCUUUGUGCUUGGGGUAGAUCUCCUUCACAUAUUCCCCCUAGAAGGAGCAACUUUUCUGUGCCCUGCUGAUGUGACGGACCCAAGAACGUUCCAGAGACUCCAAGAACUGCUUCCUGCUGGGAGAGCAGAUGUGAUUCUGAGUGACAUGGCACCCAACGCCACAGGGAUCCGGGCCCUGGACCACGACAGGCUCAUUAGCUUGUGCUUGUCCCUUCUGGACAGGGCUCCAGAAGUCCUGUGCCCUGGGGGAACAUUCCUUUGUAAAACCUGGGCUGGAAGUCAAGGCCAUGUGUUGCAGAAGCGACUGACAGAGGAAUUCCAGAAGACAAGGACUGUAAAACCUGCAGCCAGCCGGAAAGAAUCCUCAGAGGUGUACUUCUUGGCCACACAGUACCGAAGAGGGAAGAGGGGAGGUCUGUGAAGGGCUGAGAGCGUCUUCUGCUGUUUCUGGUUCUCUUUCACUGCAAGUGUGUCUUGAGCUCUUUCCUGAAGGGUGGGUGGGGAGAGCUGAGCUUGAUCUGGGAUGCAGCGAGCAGAUGGGGGACUUUUUUUUUUUAAACCAAAAAGAUAGGACAGAACUGUAUUCAGUGUCCAUGAUAUAUGAUAAAACAGUCUCUAUAACGUGAUCUGUGAAGAGAAAGUUACUGUAAGAUAUUGAUAGGCAAAGAUAGAAGGAUGAAAAGACAGACUGAGGGAAGGAUAAAAACACGCUGAGGCAGAGAAACAUGCGCACAGACACACACACACACACACACACACACACACACACACACACACACACACACACACACACACACACACACACACACACACACACACACACACACACACACACACACACGUCCUGUAACCUCAUCUUACCCACGGAUAGUAUGUUACAGAGAAACAGGCCUCCGCCAUUGCUCCAGAACAACCCGCAGGUUUCCUGGUGUAAUUUCGGCUCUACGGGGUGAUGCAGAAAAAUCCGAAGUUUUGUCUGGGGAUUUGUUUCCAUCUCUCUGGUGAAUGAUCUGGAAAUACAUGCAUUCUUCAAGCAGUGAGGGCUCCCAGGACAAUUAGGGAAGACAUUUGGCAUGAAUCAUGCGUGGGGUGGGUGUGCUUUGUUUUUUCACUGGAAAUGUUGCUGUAAUACUCCAGGCUCCAAAGACUGAAAGGUAAUUGCCAAUGCGAGCAGAGAUGUGGUGUGUUCGUUUAUUUCCUUUUACUCUCUUCCAGGAACUCCGUGCAACUUUAUAAAACUAUAUAGGUUGUACUAUUUUAUGGAAUUUCCAUAUUUUUAAGUUUGUUUUUUAAAAAAUUUAUGAAUUUCUUCAAAACCAUUUUCUGGAGGUGUGCUCCUCAUCUCUUAAGAAGAGCAUUGACUGUAAUGAUUAAAUGUGUAGACUGAGAAA